AUGUCAGGUUCGCUAUGGAAACAACUGCUUACGCGCGGUAGCUCCUGGAUAGAACCUUCAGCGUCUCCCGAGGCGUGGGAAACGACAGCUGAACUUCGCAGGAAGCUUCUGUACACACACCUAAACGCUUUGCCAGCUCGUUGGCAGGCCGCACAGAACGAGUUCAGGGCGCUGCUGGACAAGAUGCGCGCGAAGCAGGUCACCGUCGAAGAGGCCGGGUGGUUCGGCGUGCGCUGUGUUGAGCUGUAUGCAUUCUAUUGUUUGGGGGUCGUGAUCGGGGCGCGCUCCCUCCAGCCGUGA